UGAGCGACUUGCCUUGCACCCUUUUGCGUGCAAGCAAAAAUUCAGGAUUUUUCGAUCGAGGACAAGAAAAAAGAAAGGGAGAAAAAGAGCCCAGAAAAAAAGAAAAAGAAAUUGUAUAAGCGAUUACAAAGGAAUGACGUCAGAAAAAUCAGAGGAAGAAGUCCCACGAACGCUGUGGCUAACAAAGAUAACCAGAACCAGAACCAACAAAGUAGGAGGAGCCUCUCUCUCUCUCUCUCUCUCUGUGUGCUGUGGAGUGUGGAGAGAAUUAUGGUGUCUGCUUCUCCAUCCAUAAUCUUUCCAACUCCUUCGUUUCCUUCGAGCUCCAGCAGCAGCGACUCGUCGUCCACAUGCGCUUGCGUCAGAAUCAGACCCUUCAGCACUUCAAAAGACCGUCCUUUACGGUUUCGGCGAGCACCCAGUUUAGCUCUGAACCCGCGCGCCUCGGCUUCGAGGCAGUCGGUCGAGGAUGGCUCGGCCGACAAGUUCUUGGAGAACAACUCGAUAGCGGAUUUCAUGAGGUUCAAGAGAGGGAGCCACAAGGGCAAUGGAGAGCUGCAGACGGCCGUCGUCAGCUACCGAAAGAAGUUCCCUUGGUCUCUUCUCUGGCCUUUUCUUCAGGUUGAUUUGGUAUCAACAAUCCAUAUCGCUGAUAAAGAGUACUUUUCCACUCUUCAGAGAGAACUUGAGCCCUAUGACUGUGUGCUUUAUGAGAUGGUGGCUAGCAGAGAGAGUUUGGAGAACAGAAGAAGCCCUGUAGCCACGAAGAGACUUAGGAGUUCGCGUGGUCGAGGAUUUAACAUUUUGGGAUGCAUCCAGCGACAGAUGGCGCGGAUUUUAAUGCUCGAUUUCCAGUUGGAUUGUCUCGAUUAUCAAGCUGAGAAUUGGUACCAUGCAGAUCUUGACUUUGAGACCUUCAAGUUACUUCAGGUUGAAAAAGGUGAAAGCUUUUUCACUUUCGCGAGAGAUAUGACCCUCAGAUCAACAAAAGCUAUGAUCCAACCCGCUUCAAUUCCCGAGGAUCUAGGUCCCUGGAGAUCGAAGCUCCUUUGGGCUUCGAGGGUACUACCGAUGCCACUCGUUGGACUUCUCAUCAUUGGAGGUGUCUGUGCAGAUGUUGGAAGUCCGGCAUCAGAAUAUCCAGAGCUAGAAGCUCUGUCGAGGCUCGACUUGGGCGCUGCAAUGAAGGUUUUCCUGGCUAGACGGUUGACGUCCGAGUUCACGCAAGUGACAGCAGACGUGGAGGAAGAGUCCGUCAUCAUCGGCGAGAGGAACAAAGCGGCGAUCGAGGCGCUAAGGAGGGCAAUCGACGAUGGGCACAGACGAAUCGCGAUACUGUACGGGGGCGGUCACAUGCCGGACUUGGGGAGGCGGCUGAGGGAAGAAUUCGAUCUCGUCCCUAGUCAAGUGCAAUGGAUAACCGCCUGGUCCAUAAGGAACCGGAACAUAGAAAACAGCCCGAUUCCGUUCUUGAAGACCAUGGCCGAAGUCUCAGGAUGGCCGCUGAAUCGGUAUCAGACCCUGGCUCUGCUGAUAUUCUCCUCGGUUCUUGCCGUGGAUCUGUGGUUCUGGGAGCUAUUCUUCGGCACCACAGUUAGCUGGAUUUCGGAAACCGCCACGGAACUCUCUCAGUACAUUGACAGUUUACAGGUAAUGUAGAUACGGGUACCAGGAAUUGAUUUGGUCAAGUCGAAUUGAUCAAGAAUGGAGGGCUUUGGCUAAUGCCAUCUGCCCAUGUAUAUACAUUGCGCUUCUGUGAUCGAAUUAUUGUUUUUUCAAAGGGCAAACAUAGAUAGGAUGUGAUGGGUUUCGGCCAUUUCAUCACAUCACUGAAA